AUGGCUGAUAUAAGCCUUGAUCAGAUAAAGGACUUUUUUAGUCUAAGGCCGCUUGCGAAACCAAACGCUGUGACAAAUGUGAAGAUAACAGGGCGUCAUUAUGAAGAUGGCAGGCGGAAUGUUGAGAAUCAACAGUUUAAAAUGGCAAGAAAAAAUAUGCAAAGGUGAGAAUUUGAUGGUUGUCCUAUGGAAUAGCGAAAAAUGCGAUAACUUAAACGAUUUGGACGUUGAUUAUGUCAGACAUAAGCUGCUGGACAAGAAGAAUUUGGAACUUGAUUUUGCACUGCUUAUACCCACAAUUGUUUACAUGUGACGUGUGACAUGUGACAUUUAUUCCGUGAUGGGGGGGGGUUGGGUGUAGAGGGUGGAGAGAGGGGAGAGGAACAAAUCAACAGAGUCUUUUCCAACCAGCUCUGAAGUUGUGGAAUGUAAAAUGAUGAGGUUAAUAAUUUUCUUUCAAUACUAGCCCCCCAGCUUCACCUGCAUACGUUGGAGAUUACUGUUCAUCUGGUCCUAAGCUGGAAGAUCUCUACGAUGAGUUGGACCAGCUGGAACUCAACCCUCCAUCUGGAGCUUCUGAUGAAUUACCAGCAGCUUUGAAAGAGGAGGAGGCUCAUAUUUUUGAGAACUACUCUUUUGACCACACUUUUUCACCAGAUCUUCCCAUCACCUCUUACCAACAACAAAUCAUUGAUACCAUUGAGAGCAACUCAGUCACCAUUAUACAAGGUAAAGUUAUAGGAGACUUUGAGCUUAUUUUAUCUGAUGCAUGUAGAUGAAAUUAUAUACUUUGUACAUGUAUGCAUGACUGUCUUUAUGCAGUUGUAUAUAAUACAUUCAGACCAAUAGCAGUAUCUGGGCAACUGCCCACCUACCCCUCCCCUAACCCAACAACAGUCUAUUGAUAACACCUUAGGGUUAAUGUUGGGUUAGGGGAGGGGUAGGUGGGUAGUUGCCCAGAUACUGAUACUGAUCCAUACAUUCAUUAUAUAUACAUCAAUAAUUUGGUUUUUUCAACUGCUGUGGAGUUGAUAAUGUUAAUUGGUAAAGCUGAUAUAUCCAGUAUCAGCCCUCUGUUUUUUAAUUUAUAGAAGAAUUGAAGAAGUGAUCACCAAAAAGUAUUCAAUUCUUGAUAAGUCAAUUUUGAUCCUCAAUACUUUAGUUUUGAAGAGAUUUAAAUGGUGUACCUAAGCAGAAACCCUCUGAUCUCUAAUGAUUUUUUGGUUUUUUAGAGGAACUAUAGCAGGAAAUGUUGAGCUGGACAUAAAUUGAUAGAAUCGUGCUGCAUAAUUUCCAAACUGAUAGUUGGCCAAAAAAUACUCCUGUGUAGAUUUUUUUUCACUGACCUGACCUUUAUAAAUAUGCAUGUGUGAGGGUCUUGGUCUGGGUUGUAACCAAGAAUAGAGGGAGUGAGUUUCUAAAGAAACUGUAGUGCUGUAUCAGGGGGAGAGUAUAACUGGGUAGCUUAGUGUUAUCAACUGAGUUUUGAAUGUUUCAUUCACUCUGACGAAGGGCUAACACUUGAAACAUCAGCUUGAAACUUUUUAUUAUGGCCAAAUUACAUUACAAACUGUAUUGAUAAUACUAAAUAGGCUGCUGGCUGCAAUUUAAAAUGAGGCAGCUCAAACAUGGCACCUUAAGGAUGGCUAAGCUACUUAGCUUCUUGUUUAUGAAAUGCUUGAUGCAGGAUACAGAAAGAAGUUGUAAAUGAGUGCUAGAAACAAUGUUUUAUUUAUUUUAUGAGUUAUUUCACUCAUAGUUGUUUACUGAUAUCUAAAUAUAUCAAUAUAUUUAAUUAAGUCUUUCCCAUCAGACAAUAGCAUUGGAUAUUGAAUGCUUCUAAGUGGGUUACCACAGAAGUGCUGGUUGUGCUUUACCAAGUGAUUGCCAACCAAAAAUCCAGCCAGCAAUUGUCACUUUUUCUGGCAGUGAAUUUUGCCAGUAGCUGGCACUUAGCAACAACCAUGUACUAGUAGUUGUUGUUGUUUUUGUUUUAAUUAUUUUAUCUGUUUUUUGAAUAAAGGAGCCACUGGAAGUGGAAAAACAACCCAGGUGCCGCAAUAUGUACUGGAUGAGUAUGUUAAGAACCAGAGAUAUUGCAACAUUGUCGUAACUCAACCAAGACGUAUUGCAGCCAUAAGCAUUGCCAAGCGAGUUUGUCAAGAGAGGGGUUGGACUUUAGGCAGUUUGGUGGGUUACCAGGUUGGAAGAGACAAAUGUGUUAGUGAAGAUACACGCCUCUCCUAUGUCACAACUGGUGUGUUGCUCCAAAGGCUUAUUCAAUCCAAGAACAUGAAUCAGUACACUCAUGUUUUUCUGGAUGAGGUAAGAAAGACCCUGCAAGCUGGAUAUCAUUUGGAACUUAAACUGUUUAUGCCUAACAUCAGAUUAACACUUUAACUCUCAAGAUCUGUUUCUUAAUUCUCCCCUCCAGCUGCUACACAUUUCCCUGUAAAUUAGUAAUAAGAAUUUGGUGUUAGAUAAAGAUAACAACUUCUACCUGAUAAGUUUGAGUAUUCUCAUUACCCAUUUGUUGGAUAAUGUAUGGAUAUAUUAGGGAGAAGUUACAUGUUAAUCACUUCUGGGAGUGAAAGGGUUAACAAAUAGAUUCCAUGUUGCUGCACAUCUUUUCAAUAAUUGAUCACAGAUUACUUCAAAAUGUGGUAGAGACAAAAAAGUGGUACUCGCGGUGCAGCCCAGUAUGUCACUGUUGUAAGAACCAAUCAAAAUAGGUGUAAAAUUUAUAUUUGUAUUUUGAGGCCCUAAGAAGUUUUUGGCACACAGUAUUAAUUAAUCUGUUCUAUUUUAUUAGGUUCAUGAGCGUGAGCAAGAUUCUGACUUUUGUCUUCUAAUUGUUAAAAAGCUGCUAAGGACAAACUCAAGGCAUGUCAAGGUAUGUUUAAACACAAGAGAUAAUGUAAAAGCCUCAGAGUCUGCUAAUAUACAAGCUCCUAGCUACUGUGUGCAUCUGAUUUUGUAGAUUUACAUUCAAGUUCUUUUUUCAUAAACUAAAAUCGUAAACUUCAAUUGUUCAAACUGAUUUAAUAAAAAGGGUCUGGUAAUUUCCACACUGGGUUUAAGAGUACAAUGUGUUUCUCAGCAGGAGGUUAGGUAUGGUCAUGUUUAUAAUUAAAUGACACAGAAAACAGAAAAAAUGGUUAUGAUUAAGGCUUGUUACAAUGAUUAAAGAUCCAUUUUAAACUGAAAAGAGCUGUUUUUUUUUGAUAACAUGCAAACAGUGUCAUUUUGAUGGAAACUUCUGUGUUCUUUCCUUUUAGUUAAUAAAGUUUUUCAUUUUUUUCUAAGAAUUUUUGCACUUGUAUUUUUAGCCCUGUUAAUAAAGUUUUCUUUUCCUUUGUAUUGCACAGUAAAAACAAAUGAUUGUGUGUGUUCCAAUGAGGAAUUAUAACAGAAUUGGAAAACAAAAGCACUGAGACAAACUUAGGGACAUUGUAAAGGAAAAUUUUAAGGAAAAUUGAAUGUAAAUUUAGUUUGAAAAUGAGCAACAGCACAUGGUGCAAAAUGCCUUCGUCCAAAGUUACAUUUUAGAGGCCAAUGAGUUGUUGUAAUUUGUAUUGAUUUGUUGUUUUUUUUCUUUUCAUAGAUUGUCCUUAUGUCAGCCACAAUUCAAAGUGACCUUUUCUCAAUGUAUUUUGCUGUCCCUGUGCGUGGCAGGGUGGAAGGUGCCCCUGUGGUUACUGUUGAAGGCAAAUCAUUCCCAGUGAUAGAAAGCUAUCUUGAUGAUCUCACUGGUAUCGGGGUAAGUUAACCCUUUAACUCCAGAAGUGAUUAACACGUAACUCAAACUCAUCUGGCAAAAGUUUUCAUGAUGUAAAGCUAAAUUUGCAUAACUUAUUCAUAAUGAAACGUGUAGCAGCUAGAGAGAAGAAUUAAUUACAAUUAGAUCUUGGAAGUUAAAUAGUAAAUAUGUUUGGUUUCUCCUACACUGACUAUAAAGACCUUUCAAUUGGAUCAAUCUUAAUUUGGAAGUAGGGGCUAGAAGUGGCAACAUCAGGUUAAAAUUAUGGGAAUUUUGCCUUAAAAUCCAUUAACAAGACUUUGAAUUGAAGGGUCCAAAAUGUUAAAAAAAAAUUAUGGAAGGAGAAUUCCACUCUGACUUUUUAGAAUUUAAGAUAGAAUCAAACUUUGUAAACUUUCCUAAGCCCCAUUUUUAUACUAAGCAGGUUCAGUUGCUUCCCUUCUUCCAUCUCCUGAAGAUAAAGUGAUAACUCUUUUUAAUUGGCUCGACCAGAAAAUUUGGACCUUGCACCAAGUGUGACUAUUAUCAAGGUGCUUAAUGUCAUUUUUGUUCACAGAUGAUCCCAGAGAACAACCUUGAAGAGCCAGAUAUUAGUCAAGUAGCAUAUGAGCUUGCAGCUCAAUUGAUUCGCCAUCUUGACAAUUUAGAGGCCAACACUUCAGCUGGUAUUACAGGGUUGGUAUUUUCUCUGAAGUCAUCGUUCUUCCCCUAGAUCCCUGUUUUUGUAAAAUUCAAAUACUACAUAAACUAUUUUGCACUUUAGUCCCAUCAUUCUGAGCAGUCUUGGUGUGUUGGCUUCAUCUACAUGACUGCAACUUUCACUUCAAAUUUGGCUCUGAAAAUCAGGAUUCCCUCAUUAUGAUGGGGAAAUCCUGAUGUUCAGAGCCAAACUUGCCAGUUCAGGUCAAUAAUUAUUGUGACAGAUAUCUUUAACCCUCUAACCCUUGAUAGUAAUCUAAUUUCUCCUUACAAUAUCACUGCUGAAUCAAACAUUGAGGUCAUGAGAAUAAAGGAAAUGAUCAUCAUGCAUGCAAUGAAAGAAGCUCUGAUUAUAAAAGAAAUUCUCCUUGUCAGCACCUUGAGAAGUGUAUAGAGAAUAGUAUGGAGAAUUUUUAUACUGAUGCUAGGGUGUAAAGGGUUAACCUGAAAAAAAAAAUCAGAUUGAUAUUGAUAAUCAGGACAAAAGUAUAUGACACAUGAACAGCCUCAGUGGCCCACAGCUAUCAGUGGAACUCCAUUUAAUUUGCACCAUGCUGUGUAGAAGUACAACGCACCGCAAUUUUGCAGCAGUUUACCUGCACAGCAAGCUUCCAGCAUCUGCCAAUUUUUGCACAAAGUGAAAAAAUGUUAGCAAAUCAGUCACACAGGAAGAUAAUAUGCUUGUGAGAAAAAAACUCUAGAAGUCACAAAUUUGGAGCUUUUGUGUUCAUUUAUGCAAGGUCAUGCAAAUAAUUAUUUAAAAACAAAGCAGUUUGAUGAUAAUAAUUGAUAUUUAUUGAUAAGUUGGUGUUAGAUAAUUAACCUCACAAGGUCUAGCCUUGCUUGUAAGCAUAUCUUUGGAUUUGCAAUGACUUCUUUUGCUCAUAAGUAAAUAACUUGAUUACAUUGCUGUUUGGUUUUCUUGACAGUGAAGGAACACCCCACAGUCGUGGGUCAGUACUGAUGUUUUUACCUGGUAAGUUUGAUCUUGUCAGAAAUUUACUGUUCUGAGUAAACUUUGAUGUGGGUCUUUUAUGCUUAAAACUCAUCCUGAAGUCCAUUGGUUUGCCUUAAUAAUAUGAAAAUUUCUUUUGGUUUGUUUCCUUUCUCAGGUUAUUUUGAAAUUAAACAGAUGGACCGCUUGUUGGAUGAUAUGUUGAGAGAUUGCAAGUAAGUGAAAUGCACAUGUUUAAAUGUUAUUAUUAGUAUUAUUAUUAAAAUUAAUAUUAUUAUUAUUAUUUAUUAUUACAAGUGAUGACUGAAAAACAAGUUGUUGUGAGUCGAAAAGCAGUUAAAAGCCAGACAGUCCUGCUUACUGCUGCAGCUUUUUUCAGGUUUAGUCUGGAUGCUAUUUCAUCAUAGCUUAUUUUUUUAAAAAGCCACCUUUUAAUGACCUUUACUUGUAAAAUGGUUCUCAUUAUAAAAUUUUGGUUGCUGAAAGAAAAAACCUCAGAAAAUCUUUCAAUGUGGUGUCCAUUAAAUAUAUAGUACUAACAUGAGCUACUUGGCCCAUCCCCCCCCCCCUGCCCCCCUGGCAGACCCCCCUCCUCUGUUGCCUCCCAUCUUGUAAUUGAAAUAUCAUUCUUCACAAUUGAAGGAUGGAUUCACAGGCAAGGCUUGUAUAGCCUGCCACCAAUUCAUUUUGUCUAAGGGGUUGCAACAUCAAUCCAUCAAAAAGGCUUUGGAAGGUCAUCUGUUGUAAUCUUUUGAGAGAGAAAAUUUCCUCUAGCCCCUUAUGAUGAUUUUAUAGAUUAUCUUUUUUCCUGUGGCUGUAAGUGCUAUUUUUUUGUUGUGUUUCAGACUGUUAAUACUCCCUCUGCAUUCCACAAUCACUACUCUGGAGCAAGCAGGUGUGUUUAAAAAACCUCCAGAGGGCUUCAGAAAGGUAAACAAUGACAGAUAUUUUUUUGGUACUGUAUAAGUGCCAAGCAUGUUGACACUAAUGCUUGAGAUGGCUUUUGGUUUCCUUUACUGAUACAGCAUCACAGUAUUGCAGAGAUACUUUGCAAGUGAAUUCACUAAAUGGUCAUUUUUUCUGACUAGUUGACGAAUGAAAUGUCUGAAUUUCUGAGUGAUUGAUUUACUGAUAGAUGAAGAUAAUUAAUUUUGGUUUGUCAACUAAGUUGAUAAAGAGUUUCUAAACCUGAUGUUUUGAAUGUUAGCCCUCCAUCAUUUGCUCUUACGAAGGGCUGACACUCAAUAUUGAUCAGUUUUAGAAUCUCUUCACAGUGGUCAAUUUACAGUAUCAAUGGAUUUGACCAAAUUAUCUUGUUAUACCCCUUAUGAAUAUCGAACCACUUAGAAAAUUCCUCCAUCCCCCCUCUCCCCCCUGAUAGAUGAAGAGACAGAAAAAGCUUAGGGACUGAUUGAGUGUCACACAUGUACUGAUGGACAUACAACUGAUCAAAUGUGUAAUGGACUGACAGAUGGAUAUUUGAUUAGGAGAUUAACUUAUUGAUUGUUGGACUGAUCAAGUGAUUGGCCAAAUGUUUGGCUGCCUUACAGACUGAUUACGCCUGACUGAUAAACUAAGGGAUUGAAGGUUGACGCCCAACUGAUUUGUUGAAUGGUAGAUUGACAAUUAUGACAAUCUGACUGAAGACAAGACGGACUUUCAUGAUGGCCAACAGAUUGAUUUUUUAUGGAUUGACUGAAUGGGAUAUCAAUUGAAUGAUUUAUUGCUCCUUUUUUGUCAGGUGAUCUUGUCAACGAAUAUUGCAGAAAGCUCACUCACUGUUCCAGACAUGAAAUAUGGUAUAGUCAGAGCUAACUUUUAGCCCUAUGAAUUAUUUUUUUAUCAUUAAUUAGAGUUACACCAGGAACCUCCAAACACAUACUAUUUACUUGUUCUUUAGAAUCAAAGAUAGUUAAACAAAAGAGCAACUUUUUUCAAUUCAUAUGCAAUGUGCUUCAGACAAGUUUAUAAGUAAUGUUGAACUUAGUACAGAUUUCAUAUCAGUGCAGUUUUUAACCAUCACCUUCAAAGAUCAAAGUAACACCCUCUUGCUUAUAAACUUCUAUUCUUACCAUCUGUUUGCUGGAAAAGUUAUCGAGAUUUGUGAGGAGAAUUUAUAUUUGUGAACCUCUUAUAGGAUUGAAAGGAUAAAACAUAUACUUGAUUGUAGGUUUGUGUCAUGUCUUAAGUGUGAUAUCAGUAAUUACUGUAUUUGUUAUUACAAGAAAUCCUGGCAAACAGGGAAAGUGGUUUGAAUCAUACGGGGGGGGGAAGGGGGCUUAAAAAAAUUGCGUGUUGGAUUGGGAAGGAGAGCUAGUUUUGUUAUAAAUUUCUGGGGAUUUUUUUUUUUUUUACACAACCAAGGAUAUAGGAAACAGGGCUUAAAUACUCAUUAAAAAUAGCUCUCACUGGCUUCUUUGUAUGACUGUGUCUUGUUGCAGUGAUUGACUUUUGUCUGGAGAAGUGCCUAGUCUGUGAUCCAGAGACUAACUUUCAGAGUUUACGAUUACACUGGGCAUCCAAAGCAAGCUGCACCCAACGUAAAGGUAGGGUCUGUGACCGAAGCUGAUUAAUGAUAGCUGAGGAAUUGUCCAUUUUCUUGCGAUAUCGUGCUUGGCGAUGUAAUACUUUUGAAAGGGAGAAGAAAUUGUAGAAACUUUGAAGCCGAAUCCUUUAAUUUUAGGAGAGAGCAUUUUGUGAUUUUAAACUGAGAACUUUGCCUAACAGAACUGAAGAUAGAUCUAUAGAAAGUUUGAAAGACGAUGCCUUGAGUUUAACAUUUCACAGAAUUUUGUCACAAGCCAAGAAGCGAGCGAAAGUUUUGUUGUUUUGAAAUAAGCACUGUGUUGUUCUAGCAAAUGAUCCGUGUUCACGAAUUAUUUCUUUCUUAACUUUAAGGAAAAGAAUAACAGAUGCCAAGUUAGCACGCAUACGACAACUAUCGUUGUUUUUUUUUUCUUUUAUUAUUGUUUUGGAAGUUUCAUGUUUGCCGGCGCUUUUACAUUAACUCUAUUUUUUUUUUGUAAAGCACAAUGCCACUCAAAGCAAAGGUGUGAUAAUAAUAACAAUAGCAGAUACAAUUCGUCUAGACGCGUAUUUAGACUAGUAUGUCCACAGACACAUUCGGGCAAAGCAUUCGUUUGGUACUAGUCUAACACAGCGGUCAAACGUCUGCGCAUGCGCAAACAUUGUAGUCACGAGGUGAAGUGCUUUCAGGCUGUCAGAACCAAGUUGUCUCACAAGAGUAACAAACAACCACAUAAGCUAGAAAGUCACGGUGUGUUAUAAGCAUACAACCUUUUUUGGGUAAACUCAAAGAAGAAUGAUAGAUCAACAGGAUACCCUUACUUAAAUAAGCUUUGUGUUCAAGAAGAGUCGAGUUUUCCUUUUCACUACUUUUGUUUCCUUUUGCACAUUUCUAUAAACGUUUUUCUUUGUUGUUCUUUUCUUUUGUUCUUACGUUGUUCUUUUACUUAUUUUGCAAGACAGAGGUUAUUUCUUAAGUUUUCCUUCGAAAUUUUGCGCGGGAAAUUGGACUGAGAGGGGAGGCCAAAAUCGAUCCCCUCUUGCAUUCCUGACGUUUGACCGCAGUGUCUGCGCUGUCACGUAACCUUUGAGCUUCACUGUACAUUAAUAAGCCUUGAGCAGUUCUGAAGUUUCUUAGGUGGGUUUUUAUUUCAAUUUUGACUGUUUUCAUCAAUAGGUCGUGCUGGCCGUGUGUCAGCGGGAACAUGCUUUCGACUGGUGACCAGAGAAUUCUAUGAAAAUGCUCUUCCAGAAUUUGGUGUUCCUGAAAUGCAGGUUGGUAGUUGAACAGACAGUUUGCCAAAGUUCCUGAUCAAUGUAAACUUUUCACAAAGGUUACGCACAGACCAUGAAAAUUCUUGGAAUGUUAAAAAUUCUUAUGGGUCAAACGGGUUCUCUGAUUGGCUGCCAUGGGGAUCACCUGUUCAAGUAACAGUGUUCUUUGUAGUCGAGGACAUGCAGCAAUGAUUAAAAAACUGUUAAUUGGAAAUCUUAUGUCUAUGUUUUUAUUUCAUUUUAUCUCCUAUCAAACGAGGAUUUUUUUUCGAGUCAGCGUUAGUCUUAAUUCAGAUUUGUCUGAACUGAUGAAUUUAUACUAGACAUAAACACAAACAUGCGCAUGUGGUUUGCUGUUCUCGUUUAGUUUUUAAUAGACAUUAUUUGUGUUUUAGAGAUGUCCAUUGGAACAGAUUAUUUUAAAAGUAAAGCUGUUGGACAUAGGACCUCCUAAGGUCGUUUUAAGACUAGCAAUGCAGCCCCCAGAUCCAGAUGAUAUAGAACGGACAGUCUUGCUUUUAAAACAGGUGAGAUACUAACCUCUUACAGAGCGAACGAGAGAGCCGCACUGGGGAAUAAUGUGGCCCGAGGUCGUGGCUUUCGCGGACAAAAAUACACGGCUGAUGACCGUUUCCGUGGAAACGGUCCGUUUGGCAAAAUAUUUGCGCGUAUCAUGUGCUAAACCGUCGAAUAAGGUGUAUUUAUUCUAUGGAAAGGUAGUCCAGAGAUAAAUCUGAGCGUUUUGACUGAUUCUUACUUUGUCCGUAUUUUGCAAUACGCACCAUUUCCGAGGAAACGGUCACAAGCCGUGUAUUUCUGUUUACGAAACUCAGAAAAUUCAAAAUAAACAAGUUUUCUCCGGGUGCCAUAUAAUAAUCUGCCUACUGACUUCGCUUGCUCGAGCUGUAUCAUGGAAUAGUGCCCCUAGGUCGUUUUUAUACUGCUACGACUUCGGGCUAUUAUUCCCCAGUACGGCCUUCACGCUCGGUUAGCCCUGUAACUCGUAAGAUCUGAUUGGUAAUUCUCCCCUCUAGCUGCUACACAUUUCCUUGUAUAUAAGUUACGAAAAUUUGGUGCUAGAUCAAGAUAACAACUUCUACCCGAUAAGUUUGAAUAUUCUCAUGAUCUGUUUGCUGGAUAAUGUUUAGAUAUUAUAGGGAGAAGUUGCAUGUCAAUCAGUUCUGGGAGUUAAGAGUUGAUAAGAAUUUCAUAUUUUGCACUUUCGGUUGCCUUUGUAUGAUAAAAUGACGUAGUAGAGGAAUAAUAAAGACAGUUACCUAGCCAGAAAAAUUAUACGUAACGAGUUCGAUUUUGAAAAACACUUAUUAUUUGCUUCAACUGUGAAUGGUUUUCUGCCAAAUGAAGCAGUUUAGUAUGUACAGGUAACAACUUUUUAGUUUAUCUUUUGGGUGAGUAAGUCUUAAAUCUUUAGUAAAGAGAAAGUGGAACUUGUUUUUUGUUUAUUUUGUUGUUGUAAGUUAAGGAAAUCUCAGUUUUGUACUAGUCCAUAUGAACAGGAAACGAGUGUCCCGCAGCGCUAAUAAUAUUAGGGACUUUUAGCAAACCACGAGGGCGACGACAACGAGAACGUAGCAAAACAAAAGCUCAGCACGUGCGUUUUAAAACUGUGUACAUUUCUUAGUCGUCCUCUGCAAAAUAACGUGAAAUCAUCUGAAUUUGCGUGGUCCGAGAAAGGAAACCCCGACGGCAGAUUAUUUAGGUUUCCAUUUGGAACUCAGCGCUGCUCUCAUACGUUAUACUGAGGUUAACUUGCGGCGCCAUAAGAGUUGGUAAGCACAUCCAGCCAUUCGCGAAAUUCCAAUUAAAAAUAUGUUUUCAUUUUUAAAUCGACGUCUUCCUUAGCGAUGCAGUCCUAGCUACUGAAGGUCUCUAAUGAGAGCCAAGGAGCAGGCUAUCUCAACAUUUAUAGAAUCUGAUUGAAGGGAAUAAAACAGUCUUUGCGUGUUCAUGAGUUAACCAAACAUGUGUUACUCUUUUUAAGGUUGGUGCCCUGACUAUUAAAAUGAAGAAUGACACCAUCAACCCUUAUGAUGGAGAACUGACCUUUUUUGGCAAAGUGUUAGGAAGCCUGCCAAUCGACAUUUAUCUCGGAAAGCUGUUAAUAUUGGGAUAUGUGUUUGGCUGCCUUGAAGAAUGCCUUGUUAUAAGUAAGGACCAUCAUGUAGCUCUCAUACAACUAUAGUUGACUUAACCCUUAACAUUAGUAUGCAUAUUCUCCAUACUGUUCUCUAGAAAUUUCCUUUAAUGCUGACAAGGAGAUUUUAUUUGACAAUCAAGAGCUUCUUUAUUUGGUGAUCAUUUCCUUUAUGGAAUUUCAAAUCACGUAUUAAAUCACCCCGUGACCCAGUCGGAAUCGAAAACGGAACGGAAUCGGAUAUGAUCUGGUGAAAAUCAAUCUACAAUCGGAAUCCGAACGGAAGGGAAUCGGAUAUGAUCUGGUGACAAACAAACUCAAAUUGAAAUCAGAAACGGAACGGAAUCUGGAAGCAGAAACAAUAUACGGCAAAGUCGCUGAGACCGGGUACGAUUUUGGCCUACCGCUCAGCUGAGAAACAUCUCAUUUAAAGUGAGCAAAAAAUAGUGGUAUUAAAACAUUCCCUAUUGUAGAUAAUGUCUUGAAUCACUCGAUGUUUACUACUUAAUGUAAAGUGGAACGUUAGAGUCAAAUGCUGCACGUAAUAUAAGAAUAUAAAAUGAAGUUUAUCUCCACGAAAUCAGUUCGACUUAUAUUGAUCACUGCUCAUUUUAUGUUUAGGCGUAUUUGGGAGUUAACGAACGGUUUGAUUACGUUUAAAAAUUCGAUCAAGGAUCGAUACAUUUUUCACGUUUUUUAUUAUUAUUUUUUUUCAAAUCUGUUAGUUGCCAAUUGGCAACGUUUGUCGAAAUUUUAGUCGCCAAAUAUAUUUUCCACUCGCCUUGGCGGCUAAAACGGUCACAACGUGGAGCGCUGAUUAUGAUGCAAGGAUGGUGAUUAUUCUUUACUCAUGAGUUAUGUUUUUGAGAAAUUGCUAAGUGAUUAAUCAUUCUUCUACAGUGAUUAGUAUAUUUUUCCGUUCGAUUCUUUUUUUUUUUCCUCAGGUGCUUCAAUGUCUUUGCAGUCAUUUUUUGCGAAGCCAUUCAAAAGAGACUUCAAUGCAUAUGUGUAAGUAAGGUUUACGUUGUUAUCUACUAACAGAAGAGCACUUUUUAGAAGACUUUUUUAAAAUUUAUCACAGAACACAAUGAUGUUUAGCCUUAAAAGUUGCGGAUCCCUUUUUAUUUUAAAUGAUUUUUAAUUGUAUAGAUUAUUUAGGGAUUGCAUCAAUGUUAGCUUUGCUCAGAAAAAAAUUAUUGUCCAUUUUCAGUAAGAAGAUGGCUUGGGAUGCAUAUUCACACAGCGACUGCAUUGUGACUCUUAAUGCCUACAAGGUAAAGUGAAUUAGUAUGAUAUGUACCUAGUCCAGGCAAUUUGAACUGUUUGUUCUGCAGUAAACAUGUUAUAUUAUGACAUCUUUCGAAUGAUAAACUUCCUCGUUUUCAUGGCAGGAAUGGAGCACUCUGAAAAGACGCAAAGGAUUCCCAAGGGUUGGUCAAAAUGUUUUGUUUUCUCUUUAGCUCGUCCUUUUUAUGCAGAAAUUAAACAAGGAAAAUGGAGAAAAUUGAAGGAAAUUUUCCUCUUACUUGUACGAGACUGCCAUUAGUGUAUGUGUGCUACAGAAAAUUAUCGAUAUAAAAUGAAAGUGCGAUGCGUCAGCUGUAAUGUGCUUCUGAUUUCUGAACUUCUUCACAGGGUGAAACAGCAUGGUGUAAAGAGAACUUGAUCCAGCCGGGUCGUAUUAGAGAGGUAUGUUCACUGCUGAUGGUUCAAACGCUGAUUACCUAUGGUUUUUACUUGUUCAGUUGACUGAUCUUAAAUGUCAAAGUCACCAUUUGGCGAUUAAAAAUUAAAAAGAGAUUGCAAAAGAUAACAUGUCAGUCGUCAUAAAAAAUUCUUCAUGGGAAAUUGCGCGAAAAAAAUGGUGGAGUUUCUUGGUGAAGUGUUGACCAUCGUAGUUUUCCGCCAAAAUGACAUCAAUUUCACAACGCUAACUUCUGUGAGAGAAAAAAAUUAGAAAGGACUGUGCGCAAUAUUUAUUUUAUGCAAUUAUUUAGCCCGCUGAACUUUAGACAGCAAAGAGCAACCAGUAAAAGUAUAACUGUGUUCUAAUUGACUGCGUGGUAGGGCCGCACGGGAAAAUAUUUUGGCUCAAGGUCAUGAUAUGCGGACCGGCUUUUUCCGAACCAACUCACUUCACGUCUAGUUUUCUUCAUGCCUUUUUGUAUUAUCAUAAUUAUUUUUUAUGGAAGUGCGUGGGCGGGGCAGGACGGGUGAUAUGGUAAGGCUUUUCGGGUGACUUCCGAACAAGUAGGCGACUUUCGACUUUUUUAAUCUCAUGACAACCAGAACAGUCGUAGCUUGGAGGGCUGUUUGAGGAAAAUGUGCAGCCCCCUAAAAUGUCUUGUUGAAAGUAAAUAUUGUAUCUGGGUUUCCUUUAAGUUUUAGUUAGAAAGGAAAUAUCCAGCUCAUGGUUUUCAGUGGAUUUAUGUUUUGCUGUCAGCUUUGUGUUAAGUUUGUAACUGACGUAGUGAUGAUAAGUAAGGUUUAUCAAUUGCUGGUUCUAUGUUUGAAGGCCUGAUUACGUGUUCUUAUCUUAAGGUUGAAGAACUCGUUACUGACUUGACUAACAGACUUAAGGAUCUAAAUCUCAGAACAAACCAACCUCUCCAUCAGAAGUAAGCUGCAAUUUGAAAUUCCUUUGUACCAAUUAAAAAAAAUUUUGAUAUGUUGAAGCGCAAGUGCUGGUCUGACAAUUUGAUUUUUCGUUCACAGGGCGAGCAACUCUGACGAGUCUCUUCUCAUUUUGAAGGUUGGUCUGUUGCGUUUGAGUUCAAUGCAAUAUCAGCAUACAUAUUCUCCAUACUUUUAGAUAUUUCUUUAGGGUGCUGACAAGGUGAAUUUGUUUAAGAGCUUCUUUACUUGGUGAUCAUUUCCUUAAUUCUCGUGACCUUGAUGUUGACUCAGGGGUUACAUUGUGAGGAGAAAUUAAAUACUGGUCACUCUAACAAGUCAAAGACGUUAAUAACAUUUUUUCGUUCCUCAACAGCUUGUGAUCUGUGGAGCGUUUUACCCAAACUACUUCGCCUCAAGUGAUAUUGAUGAAACUGACGUAAUGAAGGUGAUGUCAGGCCAUGAUCCUUUCACGACAGUUAUGGUAUGUAGCAUAGUAUUUAUGAAUAUAAUGGUGGUCGAAGCUCUGUCCCUUGUUGGGAGAAAAUUGCACCCAUACAGGGCAUUGGUUUUGCUUUAAUUUGCUCUGUGAUUGGUCCAGAAAACUCGCGCCACUCUCGCGACCUAUAAGACACAAGAUGGUCACCCGCGUUUUCCCGCUCUUUAGGCAGUUUGGUGACCGCUUUUAUUUUGGUGUACGGCACUCAGUCGAAAAGCACUCUAUUUACUACAGCGAUUUACUUGCCUCUAGCAAAAUUAUACGUGUAGUUGAUAACCAACUGCUUCAUUGGCAGGUAGUGACCUGGUUCACUUAUUUCAAAACAGGUCCUCUCAUAAUCGUUUUCCUUGGCUGGUUAUUUAAAUGCCUAUUUGGUUGCCCAUUCCUAUAAAUGUAUAACUAUUUGCACAUUCCCGCAAACAACAAUUCCUGGCUGAUGUACUCAAUUUAAUUAAAUUUCAGGUCAGGAAUAUGCCUGCCCAUGGUGCGCUUUACAGGUCACAGAUUGCCAGGUUGUUCAGAUCUUGCGGCAAAGGAAAAGCUCUUUAUUUUGAAGAUACCAGGUUGGUUAUGAAAACUGUACAAAGAAUUAAAACUCUUGGAAGUUUGUUUGUUGUUUUUUUGAGAUAUUAGUAUCCUAUCUCAAUUUUAGUAACUUGAAUGAUUAUCGUUGUGUUUGAAUUCAGAGCUUAUAUCGAGUUUGAGAGAACACGGGCCACUGAUUCACACACAGUUCUUCCUGCUGUCUACAAAGCCAUUAAGAUGAGGUGAGGUAGAUAUGUAGCAUGUUUCAGGCGCUCAUUUAAUAAAAUGGAGCGAAAUAAUAACCGACAUAGUAAACGGCGCGAUGGAAGAACAAAGAAGGAAGUUUGGGUCUGGUAGCGACUCGACCUAGACCUCCCUCGUUCUUCAAUCUCUCCGCUACUUUCUCGCCAUUUACCAGCGCACUUCGCUUUAAUGACCGAACGCUUGGAAAAGGCUAAGAGAUAUGUAGGUAUACCAUCUCUAUUUUUAACAUCGCGCAAGAGCGCCACAUCCACAUUCAAAUCCUUGCAGUAUUCUUGAUGCUUGACACAAGAUAAUGAGCUUGCUACAACAAGUCUACCAUAGCCUAGCGGUUAAAAUUGAAAAGAAUGAUGGGCCUGACGGAUGUAUUUUUUCAGGUGUUUCACUCUCUGAAAUACGCCGUCUUUAUGUUUCGAAAUUAUUUGGGAAUCGAUUUUCAUUUUUUUUUUCCGAGAAUGUAAUUUUGAGGAUUUGUAAAAACGUUCGCAGGUUCAAAGAAAUUUUAUCUUGAUCACGCACCAUAUAAACCUAACAAGAGUUGAUUGAAACACAAUACAGGUAUCUUAAGAUGAACUAAACCGUUUCGAUUUGUGUUGUUUUUCUUUGCAGGCACUUACGAAUGCCCCUUAAUCUUUUCAUUUCCGAAGCCAAAAGUAAAGAAAUGGACAGGUUGAUGGAAAGGAGAAAUGCUUACGAAGAAGCGAACGCGGAAAAGGGGAAACUGAGAACAAACAGGUCAGAUUACAGUCUUUGCUCUCUUUCAAAUGGCUCAAUGUUACAUUAGCACUGGUCAAACUCCUGUAUUUAGGCAUUUUAAUUCUGUGGUUUUAAAUAAAUGAAUGUUUAAGUGGCAAUUUAGCCUCGUGUCAUACCAAGGUCCUAAAAUUUGAAACUCUUCCUGUGUCAGUUACUCGUUCGUCACGUCUUCGUACCGUCAAGACGAAAAUAAACACUGAAUUGACCAAGUCGCACAUUCGCAGCAUAUCUUUUUCAUAAUAUGUUGUAUUCAGUGAGGUGGCCUCUCCCUUAAGCCGAGUGGUUUGCUGAGGCCUUCUCGCCUUCUAAUCAUAAUGCUUUUAAUUUAUUUGUCGUUAUUGUUUUAUAAAAGGCAAGGGAAUGAUGAUGGUGAAGAUGAUGAUGUAACAUCUCGGCUCUUUGACAAACUGCUAUUUCCAUCAUGUAUUUCUCAGGGUUGCUACGAAUUUAUCAGCAAGAGGUGCUGGAAGUGUGACUCGUGUUCAAGAACCACAGCAGGUAUUGUACACACACUGUGGCCUAUAAUGUACAUAGCCUUUGCCGGAGUGUGUGUGUGUGUUUGUGGGGUGGGGGGAGGGGGUUGGGGGUACUUGGGUCAAUAUUUUCUGGGAUGUGCUGCCGGCCUCUCAGAGCCCUUACCCCAUUAUAAUCUCUUCUGUGGCCGAUUAUAGACCCCAUCUCACUUACAUCGGUUAUUCGUUAACCGCGAAUCCUCCCAAAUUUAAAUCCCCUACUUACCAGGAUUUUCUUACUACCAAAACCUGAAAAUGAGCGACCUCGUACUGUCACUCUAUUAAAAAAUACCCCCCUUAUCGUUAAUCCAGUCGUGAAAAUAUGACACCAUCCAUACGGCACAUCCCCUUCAGCUUAUUGUAAGGAAGUAUCCCCCCUCCAUUCCUUCCCCCCCCCCCCAUUGAGCUUUCAAGCGCAUUGCCGAGGGACAGCAAAUUAAGCAUAGUAUUCAGGUGUGGCUUCAACUCAUCACUUGUAGAUUAGCAGUGUAAAAGUUUGCUUUUUGUGUCCUUAUAGUAAAUGUAUAGAAGAAUAGCAUCACCUGUACAUAAAGAUAAGAAAUUUCCAUUUUAAGCGACUUUUUAGUUAGUAUGGUAAGUCUCUUGGCGAUGAUCUGAUUAAGUGUUUUAGAUUCAAAUCACACGUUACCUUACUUGUUUCGUCCUCAUUUCAUAGCUCUAUCUUGACACUGAACUAUAACUUUUUUCAUACUAAUUCAAUAGGUUGACCUUCCUCGAACUGGCUACCUGGAAAUCAUAACUUCAGUGGUAAGACUUUUAUUCCAUUCUGAAUAGGGACGAACUUGUAUGCAUUGUGCAGUUUUUUUUUUAUCUCAGUAUUAUCAGUGCCACUUUACCAUAUCUCUGUAAGACAAGCAUCUCUUUAGGUCAGAAUGUUGGGGGUAAGUUUCGCCGCAUCUGUAGUGGGAAGGUUUAGUACAUGGCUGUGCAAGUCCGGUGCACUCUUCAGUACUGCUGUACCCUGUAAAGUAGCGUUUUGUCCAGUUUACGUGCUUUGUUUUUAUGAUGUUUGGGAGUGACAUUACGUUUUUAACGUGUAUUACAGGUGAUAGAUGCUGGUCACUUCUGGGCUCAGAAACCCGACAGACAAUCCGCUAUGCAACUUCAAAUGUUGCAAAAUCAUAUCAACAUGUAUCAUGGCGAAAACUUACGGGUAUGAAGUUAUUUAAAUCUCAGUAUAAUCUUGUAAACAUAAUCUUGUAAACAGGUCACAAGAACAGUUUGCCUCCGAACAGAUGUAGGAGAAUUCAUCUGUGCCACAGGAGAACCAGUCAUUAGUAUUGUUGUUGAUGUGAUGUGACUUUUGUGGUAACAACGUUUUUCUUCCUCUAGCAUGUUGACCAAAAGAGUCUCUAUGUUGGUAUGCUUUGCCUUGCUUUAUAUGCUGAAGACGAAUUGUUUUACCGAGCGAGAAUAAUGGCCUUGAACAGCCCACAUAUACCCAGAAACAGUGUAGAGGUCAGAACUGUUUGUACUCAUGGUAUUGUACAGAUAUUUAAAAAUGCAACUCUACCAUUUCGGCUCCUUCCUAACAGUGUCGUGCUUUGACAAUCCACAUCUUGUCAGUAUGGCUUAACAAUGGCGCCACAGUAAAUUGCCAUUGAUUGAACUUUUGAGAACUCGAAAAAUUAUAAAUUUACCCAGGUAACAGUAGUUAAAAUAUGAAAGCUAUUUAUAAGGAAUCAAAAAUGUUUAAUCGACAGACUAAGUGUACAUUAAACCAACUAUUUACCUCAGUGUCGAUGGCUGGCGGGGAAUAUUUAUCUUCCCGCUUCUCAGCUCGGCAAAUAUCCACCUCUGGCCACCUCCGCUUUGGUGAAUAGUUGUAGUUAAAGACGUUGUACUCAAAGUACUUGAGCAGGCACUAACUCAACUUCUGUUGGCUUUGACUCUCGUCCUCAGGUUCUUUACGUGGACUUUGGGAACGAAGCAGUGCUGAGAAUCAGUCAUCUGAGACAGAUGCAACAACAGUUUGAAAACCUUCCAUUUCAGGUGUGUGGCUUGAACUUUGUUCUUUGUAUUCCUACGAAGAAAAAAAUUAUUACAUUCCGGGGCAAAUCCUCCUUCCACCCCUGAAACGCGGGAAACCGUGAGUGACCAAGUUGGGAUUGGUUUUGGUUUUGAAUCUGAUUGGUUGAGAAAAUAACGCGAGUUUUCUGGACCAAUCACAUAACGAAAGAAAGCAAAAACCAGAGCAAUUUCGGAAUACUUUUGAUACUCAAUGUAAAAUUGCUCCAGUAAUGCUCCUAGUUGUAUAUGCAAUGGAAACCGGUGUAAGUUCUGGCUGUAUAGGCCACUUGACGGGUGUGCUGGGCUCGAGAACACAGCAAUGGGCUGGUCUCUAUGUCGCUCACCUAUUCACUUAUUUUGACUAUUUGUGUUUCAUACCCUUUUGUUUGUACAGGCAUUUGAGUGUAGACUAUGUGAAGUAGGACCUUUACCAUCCCCUCACAGUCCUGUGGGGACAUGGUCUCCCAGAGCCAGUCAGCGAUUUAUUCAGAUGACAGAAAAUAAAAAGCUGGCUGCCAAGGUAGCUUUUUACAAUUUUUAUUAUAAUUAGUUAUGCAGUAAUUGUAAAGACAAUUUCGCGGCGUGUACUCUUAAGGCUUUGAUGCCGAGUCAUCAUGUCCUCCAUCUGUAACAGUUAGGAUUCGCACUGCUGCUCUUCCUGUACCAAUUCUUCUUUUCCUCGUUUCCCGCCCGAAAGGGAUUAGGGGAUAAGAGCGAGGCCAUAAAUGAAUGAUGGAGGAUAUGCGGAUAAUGGUAAAAAGACGUGAAGGUGCGACAGUAACCUCGUAACCAUUGGUCAGUUGGUAAUUUCGAAAGCCUCGUUUUCGGCCGUCUACUCUAGACGAAGGAGCAUCAUUCAAAAAUAUUUCCAUCAACGAUAAUAUUUUUGGAGUACUUUUCGUCAUUAGAAAGUACCGAUGAGGUGCGCGGCAUAUCUCACCAAGAAGGAUAAAAAUUUGUUCGUUUUUAAAUUACUGUAUUAACUCGAAUAAGCGCCGCGGCGUUUCUUAAAUUUUUUGCGCCUUAAAUGCGGGGCUUAUUUGAGGUUGUCGCUGAUUCAAGAAUUGGACGCGACGCAGAAUUGUUCUUUAUGUGAUUUAAUGGUAAAAUUUCUAUCUGUAAGAGAUUUUUAAUGUAACUAAAAUAGGCGUUGUUUGUUGGUCAUCAUUUGUCGCCUCUGGUAGUUUUUUAUUACAUUACCAGUGGUGUCUUCACUCAAUUUCGAUGUCACUGACCCCUUAUUGUUCUGCAGCGUGGAGGUUAUGCCUCUUGUACGCCUGAAUCUGUGCAUUCGUGCAUGCCAUGAGUACAAACCGUUCUGACCUCCACGCUUAUGAUCGUUUCUGUCCCUAACGCGGUGCUUAUUCGAGGGUGACUCUCAUUCGAGUAAAAACGGUAUCCUCGUUGGUUUGAACGGAGUGUAGAGCUUGUGCAUCAUGUUUUACUUUGUUUAUCCUAAAGAAAAAGCAAUUCAUGUCACGUGUUACACUGCUUUUACAGGUGUAUUCGCUGUGCAAAAAUGUUCUUCGUGUUGAUUUGUACGACACCAACACUGAGGAAGACAUACACAUCAAUCAAAAGCUCAUUGAAGAAGGGUUUGCGCAAUUUCAAGAGGAGUCUCGAGCUUCUAAGGUAAACAACAAGUACGACGACAGCAAUUACAGAACAUAGCACAAGAUUCAAUUUAUCUCUUGUCCAAAACGGCUAAGUAUUUGACGUUUCGAGAUCACGUUGCAGUGGCCAUGUUUGCGUGCCAAGACAGACAAAUGGCGUCCAUGUACGUGUACUGAGUCAGAGCUGUGGAAUUUGAACCCUUUCUUAUAUUAACCCUUUACAUCCUGACAUCAGUAUGCAUAUUCUCCAUACUGUUCGCAGUACAUUUCCAAAGGUGCUGACAAGGAGAAUUUGUUCAACAAUCAAGGGCUGAUUUCCAUUAUUCUUGUAACCUUAAUUCUUGAUUCAGGGGUGUAAGGAGAAGUUAGAUACUAGUUACUCUUAGUGGGUAAAGGGUUAAUCAAUUUUAUAAGUACCACUGGGUGAUUUCUUUUUCUUGUCAUAAAUUCUCUUUUUAUUAGCUUGCUCAUCAGAGUGCUUUGUCUGGAGAGACCGUGCCUCCUGAGGACAACACCGCCUGGAUCGACUCACUGGUUGAAAACAACGAUGAAGUCGAUGAAAGGUUUGCGACCAAGGUAACCAUAGAGUAUUACUAUGUCCUCAACAAGUCAGGUUCUCAGCACAUGGGGUUUGUCUUUAGUUUAAAAAAAAUGAGCGAAGUGGUUCGGCAGAUUGUUUCAACGUUGCUUUCGUUCAAUUCUUCAAACGUGAAAUUCAGAAAAUUCUGCAUCUUAUCUCAAAUUUCAAAAUUUUAGGCUUCAAAGGCUUACUUUACAAAAUGACUUAAUUUCUCUUAUUUCCAGAAACUCGCUAGUCUAAGUUAAGUUAUUUUUUUGGUGACCUUCCCUCAUUUAUAUCUUUACCAGGGUCUCUGUGUUAUGCCGUUGAAGAGGACACUUUACUCUCGCAUUGCAUGUCUCCAUUUAAGAGUAUCAGCCCUUUGCAUCGUAACAUCAAUAUACAUAUUCUCCAUACUGUUCUGUAAACUUUUUUCUAAAGUGCUGAGAAGGAGAAUUUGUUAAACAAGCAAGAGUUUCUUUAGUUGGUGAUCAUUUUCGUUAUUCUCAUGAGCUUUAGUGUGUGAUUUAGGGAUGAUAAUGUAAGGAGAAAUUACCGAUAGAUGCUUAUCACUCUUAGAGCUCAAAGGGUUAGUAGGUACCGACGAUUUGUCAGGUAAACUUGGCGAUAGCCUGGGAGGUUACCUGAGAGGACCUGGACUAGCUUGCCUUUCAGGGGUCAGCAGUAGUAGUGGUGCUCGUAAUCACUUCAUGUUAGCCAAACUGAAGUGAGGUCCUGUUUAGAGCGCAUAUGGAAAGAUAAGCUUGACACUUGCAUAAGCCUCUUGGUUUUGAAGGUUUAUUAAGUUUUCAUCGUGUUUCGUUUGCACAGGUGAUGCUCCGUGGUCCUGAGAGCCCCAUUGAAAUGAGUUUCUACAGCAUAACCAAUAUUGGACGACUGAAGUAAGGAAGCUGGUCAAUUUGUGUGUUUUCCAAGCUUUUUCCGUUUGGCUUUCCUAAAUCUCCAUUUCUUACACUCAACAGGUCAGUGAGAAUUGAGCAAAACUCGGUUAACAGUGUCAUCCUGAACGAUCAGCCCCAGGACCCUCAUCAAAGGUUUAUGGUCGCGGGUAAAGUUGGCAUAAAUGCGACUGGAUCCACUGUGGUUGCAAGGUGAAUUAGCUGUGACAUCAUUUUCCUGAAGCUGCUCGAUCCAAGAAUGCUAUGUAAUUAUUCUUAGAAAGUAUUCAAAGGUCUAAGCUUUUCUUUAAGCUGCGUUAUAGUGAGAUCCAUCUUUUUCUAUUUACCAUGGAUACCUGACUAUUAUAAAUAUCGAAAGUUCCCUCGCCAGUUGUCUGAUAAAUAUUUGAUAUUCACCUCGUCUUUCUGCGUUUGCGUUGACUUCAGUCACCACAUUUGUAACUGUACCCUGAAGUGUCCCUGUUAAUUUUGUUUAGGGAUACAACUUUGAUGCCGAACAUUCACGGUUUGAUGCCUUUGGUGGCGCUAAUCUUUACUCCCUUUGCUGAAAUGAGGUAAAUGCAAUCAUUUGUUUUUUUAUCUUCUAGUUUUCCAUUCAACCGUUCAAUUGCAUUCCUUUUUUUAUAAAUAAAUUGUGUAAUAGGCUGUUCAGCAGGCCUCGGUUGUUUUCAAGGGUGGAUAACGCUAUCCGCCGGAUAAAUCUCUAUCCGUCGAAUCGCGUUAUCCGCCCUUUGAAGAACUGGACCGAGACGGUUUACAGUCGCUCUUUUUUGUCCGCUAGUGUGCUCUGGCCGACCCAAAUGAUCUUGAAAUAUGCAUGUUAUUUGUUGCCUGACACAGGCAUACUCGGAGAAAAAAGCACUCCGAGUGUUUCCGAUAAGUGCUUCGGACCCUCUACCUCUAAGCUACGGGAGACUGAUUAUAGGUUUGGCCGUUUAACUAGGUCCAUGGUGACAAACUUCCUGUAUACUGCUAGGAUAGGGAUAUCGAUAUGUGAUGUUUCUGCACAAUGAUGAUGUAAAUGGAGAUGUUCAAUUUAAGCCUGGUAAUUUAAGUGAAACAUGGUGUUAUUCACUGAAUGACACAGGCUUACUUGGAGAAAAAAGACUGAACUCUAAUUUGCUAAUUUAUGGCCCUGUUUGGCGUUUUCGUGUUCUCUGAACGUUUUCUUAUAAUUCAAGCCACUGUUUUGACGUUACUCAGAGCUGACAUGGUCUAAACUUUUUCUUCUCAGUAGAAUCUCUUUAAAUUCGUUCCUGUCCGUUUGUCCACAGAGUUGAUGGUGACAAGCGGCAGUACACAGGGGCGUUGGUGGGUUUGGGUUAUGACCCCGCCACCAACGAAGCGCUUCUGCCGGAUUAUGACAGCGAGCUAGUAUUUGAGGUGGAUUUCAGGGAAAAUGACAUUGUCGAUGUAAGUUGACAGCAAAUGAGAGGUAUUCGUUUUUCAGGGUGGAAGGUUUGGAUAUAAAGGAAAUGUUACUUUCUGUGUUCGGUGGGAAAAGACAAUAGGGACCUUAAGCAAUCAGAACGGCAACGCCUAGGAUGACUUCGAUUAAAAAAUGAAUUUAUGUUGUAGUUAGAAUUUCGCGAAUGGCUGGAUGUGUUUACCGUCUCUUCCGCGGAGAGGCAUUUCAUAAAAUCUCAGAUGGUUCUUUUUUUUUUUUCACUCAAACGUCGAAUCUAUAAAUUCGAAGUUAGAGUAGGAAACCUAUAGCCUGUCACCCUUUCAAGGUAUCAAAGUACCUUUCACAUUCAUUGGGGCUUCGUGUAGAGUGACUUAUCUUCUAAAAUUGUUUGGCUGAGUAAAAAGAUGCAAGUGUCCUCAAUUUUUUUUCCAUCCUUUGCCAUCCCUACAGAGAUUUUGUUUCUCCUUCACAUGUAAAUGGUUUUGCGUCAUUUCAAACUUUCUUUUCUUCAAGCCUCUGUCCAUUUUAACUCUGAUACUUAACGUCCGCUCCACAGAUCAAUUUAGUACGUCGUGCUAUUAAUGAGAUGUUUGAGAGUGAGGAGGCAAUAGCUGGCUGGGGAACUCCAAUGGUGGAGAGAAUUCAGAAUGUCAGCAGAUCUUUGCUGCUUAAGUAAGGUUUUAGUUAAGUGUUUUUGAUGAUCAAUGUCAGUAUCUCAGUGACUGCGCACCCUACCCCUUCUCUAAUCCCACAUUAACCCUAACUUGUCAUUAGUUGAUUGUUGUUGACUUGGGGAGGGGUAGGUGGGCAGGUGCUCAAAUAAUGACAUUGACCCGUUUUUGUUAACAUUAUUUUAUUGAUUGGUAGUGUCGUGUUUUUUUUCUUUUUUCUUUUUUUUCCUUCUUUUUUUCAUGAGGCCGACGAAGUUGAACCUAGGUUGCAUGGUGAGGGCAGGAAUAAAAUUGUCUUACUUAGGGAGGUCUGAGGGGAUUCUUUUUUUUGUCCACCCACCAGAGUCCUCCCGCCUAAAAAUAAAACCAAGUUAAUUAGUGAUUGUUACGCGCAAAAUAGAGGCCAAUCUUGUAGUAUAGUGUUGUGUGUAGCCUUAUUGAUUUCCGACGUUCUCAAGUUUGUAUGAUGUUUGAAGUGAAAGUCGUUCAAAUUGCGUAUGAUCGAUUUCUUUAAAUUUUUCAGAAUUGUCUUGAAACGCAGGGAGAACAAAAGUCCAUGCCCAUUUCCCAGAACGGGCUACUGGAAUCAGGUAAUUCGAGCAUCGAACUGACGAAUUUUCGUAAAGUGCUGUUUGAGUUUUGUACAAUUCAAGACCAACUACCCACCGAAAUACUUUAUAAGAAAAAGAUGAUGACCAGGGAGAGAGCGUCUCUAUGGAGACUCAAUCCGACGAAAGGUUAACGCUCGAAACGUCGCCACUCUUUGGCCAAUUUUAAGUAUCAUUAUAGCUGAUAAAACCAAAUUGUAUUUCACUUUAGUUCCUGGAUGCUGAGCUUUCUCAAGGACAUUGCAUUGAGAGUCAAAAUCAGGCGAAGGAAAGAUCAUGAUCACUCCCUAAAAGCCUCUCCAAGUUGAUACAGCUUUAAACCAAAUUUAUUUAUUUAUUUGUCACAGAUCGAUCCUGCCUACCUUCUACAAGCAACCACCAAAGAGUCAGAUGCCGGUCAGCUGUUUACGUUACACAAUGCUGUAGCUAUCUCCGGCAUACCUCUGGAGGAUGAAGACGACGAGGCCAGGCAGAAGGUGGCCCUACUGCGGGAAAAGUUGGAGUGGCUCAAAAGCUUGGAAGGAAGGUAAACAAGUAUCGGCCGCCUUAAAUGUUUGCUUCUGUUCCUUGAGCAGCUUUGCAAUGGGCCGAAUAAUUAUGUUUGCGUUGUGUUUCAAUUUUUGCCACUUGGUUCAACUAAGUUUUAUUUUCCCUCUGCUGGAAACUUUCUCGUAUAUAUGUUUAUAAACGUGGAAAUUAAUAGGAUAAGAAAACUGGACCUAGGUUAGCAUUUAUCAACAAAGUACAUAACAUGCAAACCUUUUCGUGCUGAUUGCCGGCAACCAUACGGUAGAAAAAAUGAAAAUCGGUUUUAGUACAGUUUGUGUUAAUCACAGAAGUGACAAAGAUUUCAUUUCUCCUUGCAAUACCAGUAUACAGGGUUUUUAAAUAAAAGCCAAUUAUUGGCGAUCUACCGCUGUCUGUUUGGCGCUCAGGUGUUUGGGUUUCGGCUUACGGCCCCUUUUGCGGGGAAAGCCGCCCAUUACACUAUUGUCAGCUGCUUAUGGAAAAAAGUAUUGAAAAUCCUGCAGCACAUUUUCCAAAGAACAAGUUAAGAGAACAGACGGAAUUCUCAGCGGGAAGGUGUUAUAUUGAUUUAACUCCAAGUUCUCCUGGCUAAUUUACGAGGAAAUCCAUAACUGAGGGGCUUAUUGGAGAAUUGCUAAGUAAAUCCUUGGAGUUAAAAGGUGCCACAGAAUGCAGUUUAGUGGAAGGAAAAUGUAUUUCCCUCUUCGGUUCCUUCUUUUAUAUUCUUCUCUGCUGCUCUAAGGAGUUUAAACAAGACAGUGAUGGCUCACAUGGUCAAGUGACAUCGCUCAAAUUAAAAAAAUUAAUUGAAACGAUCUUUACUUGCUAAUGUUUCAUUUUGUUUUGUGACUUUCAGAUCGUCAGAACAGUUUACUGAAGAAGUAGUUUGCCCUUUGUGCAAUGUAUUGUGUAGGCAUCCACGAGGAGUCGCCAUGCAUCUGAGGAGCACUGGCCACAUGGAUAUAGAGGCUUCUUUGUCUGAAGACUAGUUACGAGGGUAACAACUGCGAGAACUGGAGGCAAGGAGAGGGAGCUUGUUAGGUUGCGUACCUGCGCUGAUAUCGAAGGAAGCAAAUCAAAGGUGGGCUGGUUACGUUACGUUUGAGAGCGAGUGACGUCUCAAGCUUGAUCUCAAGAAAAGUUGUCAGUGCAAACGGACACCGAUCCAAUUUAUUUGUUGAAGAUCACGCGAUUGUUAUCCAUUGUGGGCAUGCAUUAUGGGUGUGGUUUGACAGGAAGAUGUUUACGUUUGGUUGUUUGUGGAGCAUGUAACUGUACUUCUAUUCAUGGAGAAGCUGAUGUUUACGAGGUGAUCAGGUCUUUAAAUCGCAGAGAUGACAGCGUUUAUGAUCGCAUGGGUCACAUUAGGAACGAAAGUGACGGUGAAAUGUUUAUUGAACAAGGUGGGGAUUAUGU